GGUAAACAACAGUGCUCGUGACGUCAUGGCGGCGCCCGCACCGCUGCCGAGUGCAAGUGCACCGAAUAAUAGUACCGCGAUAAAAGAAGCCGCGCCGCGCGAACCCGCGUUCAAGCCAGUGAUGGAAACUUUAACUCAUAUAAAAGCGACCGACAGCAGAGUGUUGUUAAAAGUAGUACCAGUGCGUGUGCAGGGACCUAACGGUAUGGUAAAUAGCACCGCGCUAUUGGACGAUGGAUCUUCCGUCUCGUUAAUAAGUGCUAAUCUCGCGCGACGCGUCGGUCUACGUGGUAAUUCACAGACAUUGCGAGUUCACGGUGCGUUUAAAGAUAACGAACUUGAGUACAAAUCGACAAAAGUGAAUGUCGACCUUAAAGGUAUGGACAAUAAGGUUUAUAAUGUUAAAUUGCGUUGUGUUGAAGAAUUGAGUUUGCCAAUACAAACAUUGUCUGUUUUAAAAUUAGUUAAUUACUCUCACUUAGCUGAUAUAAAACAUAAAUUUUGCACCACUGAUUCAGAACCUGAAUUAUUAUUAGGUCAAGAUAACUUACAUGUUGUAAUACCUAUUCAAAUACGGGAGGGCAAAUAUAAUGAGCCAUCAGCUACACUCACCCGCCUCGGCUGGAGUGUCCAUGGGAAAGUGUGCGUGCCGCGGACUGUCCGUCCGUCCAGGGGCCCGCCAUCUGUCGCUGUGCAUACUAACCUUUUUAUUGCAGAUAGCGGAGCAGAUCACGAUACCACAUCAGAUGAGUGCCUCCUAAGGGAAAUCCACGAAGAUGUUAGGCGCUCAUUUUUGCUAGAUUCCAUGGGCGUGACGACGCACGUGCGGCAAAAGGCCGACGACGCCCGCGCCGUCGCGCAGCUGGAGCGCUCCGCCGAGCUCAUCGAUGGGCGUUGGUACGUCGGCCUUCCGUGGAAGGACGAACACCGCCCCAUGCCCGACUCCCGCCCAAACGCGCUUACCAGGAUGAAGGGUAUUGAGCGCAAAAUGGGUAAGAAUCCAGGUUUCGCCGAAAGGUACCGUGAAAGGGUCAAUCAUUUGUUAAAAAAUGAUUACGCUAUGGAACUAAUUAACACCGAGGUCACGCCGAAGACUUAUUACUUACCUCAUUUCGGCGUAGACAACCCCAAUAAGCAAAAACUUCGUCUGGUCUUUGAUGCUGCAAGUCAGGUAAGUGGUAGCUCCCUGAACGAUUAUUUGCUCACAGGACCUGACCUAUUGUCAUCACUUUUAGGUAUAAUGCUGCGCUUUCGGGAACAUCCAAUUGCAGUAACAGGUGACAUUAGAGACAUGUUCUUGAGAGUCAAGAUCCAUCAAGAUGACCAGGACGCGCUGAGGUUUCUGUGGAGAAACAACCCCACAGAAAACAUGAAGACGUACGCGAUGACGUCACUUAUUUUCGGCGCAAAUUGUGCUCCAUUUGUCGCGCAAUUUGUAAAAAAUAAAAACGCCCAGCGAUUUGAAUCGUCAUUUCCCGCCGCCGUCGAUGCCAUCGUCAACUCGCACUACAUGGACGACUACAUCGACAGCCUGCCCGACGAGGCGACAGCGAUCGAAAUGGUAAAAAAUGUCAGUUAUAUCCACAGGGCGGGCGGCUUUGAAAUAAGAAAUUGGACGAGCAACAGCGUCGCAGUUUUAAACAGCGUGCCAAAGGAGACCUUAGGCACUGCUGCUGUAAGGUUCAAAGUCGGCCAGCAACAUGAGAGCGAGCGUACCUUAGGUCUCAUUUGGUACCCUGCUGAUGACAUAUUGGGCUUCGAUCUGUCAUUAAAACGUAUACCGAGCGACGUACUUGAAGGUGAGAAUAGGCCUACGAAACGUGUAAUGUUAAGAGUAAUUAUGUCAAUAUUUGAUGUACUAGGUUUUUUAGCACCCUUCACGAUUCAAGGCCGAAUUAUGCUUCAAGAGGCUUGGCGCUUACAGGUGGAUUGGGAGGAUUUCAUUCCAGACCAAAUUUAUCACAAGUGGCGAAAAUGGGUCGACCUUUUGAAGGUAAUUAAAGAUAUCCGUAUACCUAGGUGGUACUGCACAGCCGCGCGCAAUGCGGUAAGGGACAGCCAAUCGGCUACAGCGCGUGCGAGCGAAAUGCAAGAUUGUGUGGAUCUCGUCGCAACGGCACGUACCUCUCCCCCUGCGACCCACGCACCUACGCACAGUGCUACGAAAUGCUACGAGGGCGUAGCGGCAUCUACAUCUGCUACGACCGCAUCGAGUAGUAAGUACUCAUAUUAUAAUAAUUUACAAAUGCAUUUUUUUAGCGAUGCAUCUUCUCAGGCGAUGUCAGCUGUGGGCUAUUGGCGCUGGGAGGAUAACGGCACUAUUUAUGUUGCAUUUAUUGCCAGCAAAAGCAGAGUUAUGCCGAUAAAACAGCUGACUAUACCGAAGGCUGAGCUGCAAGCUGCAUUGUUGUCUGCAAGACUAGCCAAUGCAAUUGGAAGGGAGCACAAACUGACGUCAACGAGGCGUUACUUCUGGUGUGACUCCUCAACUGUAUUACAUUGGAUUCUCAACAAAAAUCGUACGUAUAAGGCCUUUGAAGCAAAUCGCUUGGGGGAGAUUGACGACCUUACCCGCGUUGACGAGUGGCGGUACAUUCCUACGAAACUAAAUGUUGCCGAUUUAGCGACGCGGGACUCGUUUGAUCUAGCCCUACAGAGCGAGUGGUUUAAAGGUCCUUCUUUUUUAUACGCUGACGAAAGUCUAUGGCCAAAGGAUAUAAUACCGACCUGUAACGAGGAGGAGACAGGGGAAUGCGUAGCAGUCGUCCAGGUGCGUGACGAACCUGCAUGCAUACCAGUGCCGGACCCACAGCGCUUCUCUUCGUGGCUUCGUCUCACCCGUGCCACGGCGGCAGUGCUAAAGUUCAUCGCUAGGUGCAAAGGUCAGGCGGUCGAGAUCGAUUGCGCAAUGAUGGAGCGCGCUGAGAUACUUUUACUAAAACACGCGCAAAACGAGUCUUUUGGGGAAGACUUAGCCAGAAUUAAGGCGCACGGGGCUUUACAUCGCGCAAGUAAGUUAUUAAAAUUAUCACCCAUUUUAGACGAACAUGAACUACUUCGCGUGGGCGGGCGCAUUGACGCCGCAUCAGAUGUGCCUCUGGACGUCAAGAGACCCGUGAUCCUGGACGGCCGUCAUCAGGUAGCACGCUUAAUCGUCCGGCAUUACCAUGUGAAAGCGGCCCACGGAAGUCAGGAGAUGGUGGUAAACGAAAUAAAGCAAAGGUAUUGGGUACUUAGACUUCGACCUACUGUAAAACUCGUGACGUCAAGGUGCAUGCUGUGCAGGAUAAUGAAGAGCAAACCUCAGGUACCGCGCAUGGGCGAUUUACCACAGGCCAGAAUAGAACACCAUCAGCGACCCUUUUUUCACUGUGGGUUGGACCUUUUUGGGCCAAUGGAGGUCGCGGUGGGUCGCCGCAGAGAGAAAAGAUAUGGUGUUCUAUUCACAUGCCUCACAGUGCGGGCGAUUCAUAUCGAGCUGGUUGCCUCCCUUACAUCCGACUCGCUUAUCAUGGCGUUGCGACGCAUGGCGGCGCGGCGCGGCUGGCCGCGCCAUCUGUACUCGGACAACGGUACUAAUCUGAGGGGCGCCGACACAGAGUUGCGUCGGUCAAUGGAGGCGCUAGAUAUGGACGUUCUAAAAGCUGAGGGGGUUAAUAACAACAUGGAUUGGACUUUUAUUCCCCCCGCCAGCCCCCAUUGGGGUGGGGCGUGGGAACGUUUAAUACGUUCAGUAAAGACGGCUCUCAAAGUCGUUUUAAAAGAACGAGCACCAAGGGACGAGGUUUUGACCACAUUAAUGGCAGAAGUUGAGAACAUGGUCAACGGUCGUCCAUUGGUGCACGUGUCUGUCGAUCCUGCUGACGGUGAGUCUCUUACUCCUAAUCAUUUCCUUUUAGGGUCAUCAUCGCGACUCCCUCUUGUAGGAGAGUUCGAUGAUUCUGAUCUCUACUUGAGGAAACUAUGGCGGAAGGCGCAGAAGCUCGCUGACAUGUUCUGGCAGAGGUGGCUAAGAGAAAUCUUACCCACCCUCGUGCCUAGGACAAAAUGGCUAGAGGAGCGGAAGCCGCUAAAAGUAGGGGACCUCGUUCUGGUGGUAGAUCCCAACUCUCCCCGCAAUAUGUGGCCGAAGGGAUUGAUCACGCAGGUAAUUCCUGGCGCAGACGGACGGAUCCGUUUAGUGGAGGUGAGGACGGCUACCGGGACUUACCGGAGGUCCGCGGCUCGCAUCGCUCCUAUUCCCGUAAGUUUAGAGUGCUGAGUCAGCACUGGGGUGGGGAGUGUUAGCGAUGCGCUCACUAUAGGUACAUAUGUAACUAGUUAAAGUUUAUUUUUAAGGAAAAGUUGCCAUGUUAAAUACAUACUUAGUUACUAAUACUUAAGGUUCAAAAUUGUAUGACAUGUUAUGCAAGUAAUGUGCACUACGUUGCUAUGCGCCGGCGGCAGUCCGCUGCUAGACGCGAUCGGUUUAACUCGACCCUGUAUCCGAAAGUUAAAAUAAAAGUUUCAUUGUCAAGUUUA